AUGAUGACAGAUCAAGAAAACCAAUAUCAAUCCCCCAACCCUAACCAGGGAUCCCAGAACCAGGGCCAGAACCCCUCGGGAACACCUCAACAAGAGCAACCACAGCAAGCACCAGAGCCAACACAAAACACAGACACGCAAGAGAACCAAGAGUCUCAACCAGACACCGAAACAAAACAAGAACAAUUAGAAUCCGACCCGGAACCUGAACCUGAGCCUGAGCCUGAGCCUGAGCCACAACCCGAACCCGAGCAAUCCCAACGCCGCAGAAAACCUCGCCCCCAACCACAAUACAGACAAGACCCAGAAACCGAAAACAUCGACCGCAGCGACAUGAAUGCACCUGUUGUAGCAGAACGCCCCCGUCGCCAACGUCGUUCUCGCCAACAACAGCAAAACGGCGGCGGGCCCCUCCCGGGUCUCGGGGGUGCAAACCAAGCAGGCGAUCUUGUCCAGAACACCGCUGGGAAUGCUGUGAACGGUGCGGGCAAGGCUGUUGGAGGUGUGUUAGGUGGUAAUAGUGGGAAGGAGGAGAAGGAGGAGGGGAGGGAUGAGCAGUUGCGGUUGAGGUUGGAUCUGAAUUUGGAUAUUGAGGUGCAGUUGAAGGCGAAGAUUCAUGGGGAUUUGACCUUGGGUUUGCUUAACUAA